CGAAUGAAGGAUACAAAUUUAAACAUUUGUUAUUGUUCAAUAUCAAGAUACACUAGCAAUAUCUUUUUCCUCAUUCGAAGAUAAAUUUUUACCUUCCACCACCUGCUCGCACCUAUGUGAGAUUAUAUUACCGCAGCAACAAAACUAAUCAAGAAUUGCCAUCAUUUGCCACGAUCCGGGCAGGAUCGUUUGGAAUGGCGGCAAAGAACCUGUUCUGUUUAGUUCACUUCAACUUAUUAUAAGUAGUGAUCAGUAGUUAUUAUCAUGACUCGUUUUUUCGCUUACGUAACUAUAUAUUACAUUCCUAUCAAGGUGAAUUUUUUAUAUCGGCCAUAUCAGUCUGUAUCGUGGUGAACUUCGAAAAGAUUAAUCGUAUGAGGAUCAACACGAAAGUGAAGUAGAGAUAUAAAAAGGAAUAUAGGAUAUUAGUUUGACAGUUACGAUCGAACCGCCCGAACGAAACGUAAACAAUCACCAUGGCAAAGGAAAUGAUGAUAGUGUUUGUCUUUGACACGUCAAGAUGUUGUAAAGAAGAAGAUGAUCCUGCAGAAGCAGUUAUGUACUUCCAUCCUGCAUGGGUGUCACCUACUCAAAGACUUGCUUUAGCAGGCCAACUGAUGGGUGUUAAUCAGUUCUUAGCAACAUCAUUUUCUCCACCACAUUCAAUUUCUCUGCAAGGUGGAAAAUUUGUCUUCAAAAAGUUUGGUCAAUAUAUACUUGCAGUAGGAACAGACAGAAAUAUACAUGAUUGGGUUUUAGAAAGAAGAGCAAAUACCUUGGAAUCAAUAUUGAAAUUUUUUCAUUGCGAUCUUGUAAAAAUAUCAGAAUCUUUCAACAAUGAUAGAAACAAAUUUACUGAGAAGCUAUAUCAAAUGUUCGAAACUUACUUACCAAUUCUUCAAUACAGUGCCAAUUUAUUUUCUAAUAUUCCUGUUAUUAAACUUCCAAAGAGUGCCAGUAAUAUAUUUUUGGAAGCAAUACAAAUUCUGCAAUAUUGUCAAGAAACAAAUGGAAUUAUGGGUGGUGCUCUAUUUUAUAAUAACAAGUAUAGGGUAGUUGCAACACAAUUGAGUGCAGAUUUAACUAAACAAAUUGUUAUAAUGGAUCCAUAUAGAGUAAAGGCACCAGCAGAAAGAAUAGAUACAGAAUUUCAUUUGCCCGUGGGAGUUCAACUACUACGAGUAUACAUACAAGAAAAACAAUACAUUAAAUUAGUACAGGAAGCAAAUAACGAACGUUAUUUUAAUUCGUAUUUAGAUUCCAUGGCACAGAAAUUUUCUUCUCAAAAAAAGAUCAUGCGUAAGAACAGUAUGAAAGAACCACAUAUAUCUGGAACAAAACGCGACACAUCACGAAUUUUUACAGUACCUGAAGAAGGGGAGUUAGAACCAAUGCACUGUAAUAAUAGUGCGAUUAGUAUUUCUUCUCUUCCUAUUACUGCAUAUAGUUCACCAGUGAAGCGUAAACAAGAGUAUAAAAUAGAACCAUAUGAAUAUACGAAUCCACAAACACCAAGCGUUUGUUCUACACCUCUUAAAGAUGUAAAUAGAGUUCUACAUGGAUCAGCAGUUUUAAUAUGCAAUAUGAAUGAUAGUGCAGAUAUUUCAAAAGAAAAAGAAGCAAAAGAAUUAAAAGAAAUAAAAGAAAAUAUGGAUGAUAUUCCAGACGUUGUCAAAGAAGCACUUCGUUGUAAACAUUUAAAUAAACUAAGGAAUCCUUCUAUUAGAAGAAAAUCAUGGAGAAGCAAAGACUUAAUCAAAAGAAGUUUAAGCACAUCUGAUUUAGAAGCUUCUUUAGAUAAGAUUUCUCCUGAUAUUCCACUUAGAACAUAUACAUUAGGAUUACCGAAGUUAAAUAAAAAUGUGCAUAUUAAUUAUGACAUUGACAUGUUACCAAAUAAAUUGUCAGAGAAUAACGUUUUUCAUACAAUAACUGAUCCAUGUUAUCCAGUUUUUCGUUCUGAUGGAUUACCUGUUUCACAGGCACUAUAUGAACAAUAUAUAGCUUCACAUUAUGAGGAACUUAAAGAUGAUAAUACUAAUAAUUAUAUUGACAAUCGUUUUCUUAAUUUACCUGAUUCAUUGAAUAAACCGGCUAAAGCUAAUAAUGAAAGUGCUGCUGGAAAUGUAAAGGAAAAUGAAACUGCUGCAUCUUUUAAUAUAGAACUUGAUAACAAAAGUAAACAAGAAUCUAAUAGAAAAGCCAUGAGUUUACCUUUGAAACCAUUAAAUAUUUUGGAUAAUGAUGACAAAUGUAAAUCAGAACCUGAAUGUUAUAACGAAUAUAAUUUAUUGCAAAAAAGAAAACUAGAAGGUUUACAAUUAACACCUCUUAUGUCUAAAUUAACUUUACUUGCUGAUGAACGAACCAGUGGUUUUUGCAGUAAAGAAACAACACCUAGUGAAUUUCGUGAUAUAUUUGGAUUUUCUGCUGCAACGAAUCAGUUAUUAAAACAGAAAUUAGAAGCAGUAAGUAAAGAAACAAAUAAAGAGAAUGAAAGUAAACUGAAUGAAAGUGAAUGCAUCAGUGCUACUAAAGAUGAAAGUAAUAUAGUACAAAUUGAAUUAUUUCUAUGUGGACAUCAAAAUAUGGUCUUGGUUUUAUUAAUGGAAAAUGGAACUGCUAACAAUCCAGACUUAAUACAUUCUCUUUGGCAGACUUGUAUCAAAACACUUGGCAGACUUGAAUCUCAAUUGCAACAAUGUUUAGAUCCUCUUCCAUCAAAUGAAAAUAAAGAGUUAUAUAGCAUUUUGAGUGUUGAUGCAGAGUGGGAUACAAUACAUCGUUCCGGACUUUGGGGAGUUACAGAAUUGGAUAUAGUAUCAUGUCUUCAUGAUAGAUUCAAACAAGCCAGUAAUCUUACUGACAUUAUUGUUCGGACUGAAGAUGCUGUUGUUUAUGGUAAUCAAUGUGGACAGAUAGAAGUAUUUUAUCAGCAAGCAGUAGCUCCUAAUAUAUCAGGAGGUCUUCCAACACCAGCAGAUUUAAUGGGGAUUAUAUCUUUAAAAGCUAAACGUAGACUUGAAAGAGAUCAUGGAAUUGUAUUACUAUAAAGUUAAAGUGUUUUAGCAAAUUUAUGAUUUUUAAAGUGAUAUAUAAAUUUAGUUCUCUAUUUAUUAACAUUAAAUAGAGCCUUCCAAAAUGAUUUUAUUAAGUAUUAUAUGUAUAUAGAUUUUUUAAGGUAAAUUAUUAUAAGUAAAUUUAUAUAUUGAGUCAUUGACAUAUCUGAAGCCUAGCUUAUUCGUACAGGAAUGUAAUAAGUGAUCUAUAAUAAUAAUAUUAUUGCUGCUUAUUGUUUAUAAUUA